GAUUUUUAUAAUUUAGUAUAAAGUUUAAUAGAAUUGUCUCAAAAUAGUGGUGAGUAAUUUUUUCUAUUAGGCUGCUAAAAUAAUUACGGUUAAGGGCAAAUGUGUCCCUCUUUUUUUUUUUUUUAGUUUUUAAAAAUUGAUAAGUAAGAUUUAAAUAAUCUUUUUGUAUUAUUUAUAUGUUUCAUACGGUCUUUAGGUUUGAUAUUUCUUGUCAACAAGUAAUCUUGUUUUUGUUUUUUUUUAAUUACUGAUCCGAUAUUCAGGUACUGUAAAGUAGUAAAAUAAUUCUAAUAAUAAAUUCUUAAAUGGGGAAACGGUUAUUAUUAGAUACGUUUUUGACCCCUUUACCGGAUUUAUAGUUUUGCAUUGGUCUGUUGUUGACAAUUAUUUACGUUCCAGCCGUCCAGUGAGAGCAUAUGACUGUUUGAACUGAAGCCAUUUAAACCCGUCCAGUAUUUUGGAUAGUUGAAAACAUUUGGAAUAAUUUUAACUCAGGACUAAUUUUUUUUUUUUGAAUAUACACUGUAUGAUACACUAUCUAAUCUAUUAUUUUAAUAAUACAAAAGUGAUAAUUUCGCCAGGCGAAUUGUUUCAAACCAGGAGCAAUUUAUAGAGCCAGAGAGUUUGGUUUAAAGGAGAUUCCAAAACUUCUUGUUUCGGGCAAUCGCAAAAAAAAAAAGUGUCUGUGUACAAAACAGAUCUGUGGAAGCUAUGGCAGAUCAGUGCAGUGAAGCAGAAGGUGUAACAGGGGAUGCUGGGAAGGUGGGAUACAAAGAAGGUAUGGCAACCGAGAAGGGACAGAAUGCCCAGCAGGACGCAACGUUGAGCGAAGCCUGCGGAGACCCGGAUACCCUCGGUGUAAAAGAUCCAAAGCCCGCGGAGAGCUCCUCUCGAGACGGAGAGGAAAGCAGGAGCAAAGAGGCGGAAAAGGAGCGGGUGGAAGCGGAUUCUGGACCUUUCAGACCCGGAGAGGUCGAGAGACUCGGCCUGCAGCCAGCCUCCGAGGUCUCGGGCGAUGGGGACCGCUCCAGUCAGUCUGCCGGUCCCGGUUCUGUGCCCGUCCCCUCUCCGGAUCACUGUGAGAGCCAGGAUGCCCGAAGCGGGUCGGAACCAGCGUCUUCAUGCUGCGGGCUGAGCAGCAAGGACGGGGAAUCUGUUGAUGAAGGGGCUUCCAGUGCCCCUGUUGCUUCUGCCCUUGCAGCUGCCGCUAGCUGCUCAGCCACUGACCCCAUGCCUGCCUACUAUUUCGUGAAAUGGAUCAGCUGGAAGGGAAAGAAGACCCCCAUCGUGACGCAGAGUGAGAACGGACCCUGCCCCCUGCUGGCCAUUAUGAACAUCCUGUUUCUGCGCUGGAAGGCGAAGCUGCCUGCCCAGACUGAAGUCAUCAGUGCAGAAGAGCUGAUGGCCCAUCUGGGAGAGUGUGUUCUGGCUACAAAACCGAGAGAGAAGGCAAAAGGGCUGGAGUUGAAUUUUCAGCAGAACCUGAGUGACGCCGUGGCCGUCCUCCCCAAGCUCUCCACCGGGCUGGAUGUGAACGUGCGCUUCACCGGGGUGGAGGAUUUCGAGUACACCCCCGAGUGCAUCGUCUUUGACCUGCUGGACAUCCCUCUGUACCACGGCUGGCUCGUCGACCCCCAGAGUCCAGAGACGGUUCAAGCGGUGGGGAAGCUGAGCUACAACCAGCUGGUGGAGAAAAUCAUCACUUUCAAGCACUCUGCGGACAGCAGCGCGGUCAGCGAGGGGCUGGUGGCGGAGCAGUUUUUGGAGUCCACGGCCACGCAGCUCUCGUACCACGGCUUGUGCGAGCUCGGCGCCACCGCCAAAGAGGGGGAGCUUUCCGUCUUCUUCAGGAACAAUCAUUUCAGCACCAUGAUCAAGCACAAGGAGCACCUUUACCUGCUGGUGUCGGAUCAGGGCUUCCUGCAGGAGGAGGCAGUGGUGUGGGAGAGCCUGCACAACCUGGAGGGAGACGGGAACUUCUGCGACUCCCAGUUCCGCCUGUGCCACCCCCCGGAGAGGGCAGCCCCCGCGCCAGCCCCCUCGGAGCUGAGCCUGCCCACGGGGGCACAGGGCACGGGGCAGCAGAGACAGAUCGACCAGGAUUACAUGGUGGCCAUGGCUUUACAGCAGCACCGUGGGACUCCACUCAGCGACCUCGACUUAGCCAAGCAGCUACAGGAGGAGGAGUACCAGCAGCAGCAGCAGCCUCCCCCACAGCCAUCGUCACAGCAGCUGAGGGCCCAGGCACGGCAGGGAGCGGAGCGAAGGCGUCCCGAAAAGAAAGAGAGUUCGGAAUGUGCCAUUUUGUAGCCUCCUCCCUCCCUCCCUCCCUCCCCGUCCAAAACCACCGCUGCAUGAGAUCCUGAGGGGACAAGAGGGGCCUGAAACUGCCGUCCUGCUGGAGCUUGUGCUCCGAAUUCCUUUCUCACUUAAUAAAAAAAAAAAAAAAUGUAAUUUAGUAUAAAGCCAGGCAUAACACAAAGGCUUGACUGUUUUUAGUGCAUUUGCCAGCAGCCAGACUGAACAUCCCUCCUGCAGGAUCUUCACAAAGGGCUAUGGUGUGGUCAGGCGAGGGGGGGGGUCAGUGUUCGAUCCCAGCAUCCCCCCCCCCGGGAUAUGUGCCUGUGUUGCAGCUAGACUAGAAGAGAGUGCUUAGCAGCGCUGUCGAGGUAUACAGCUUCUACAAGCACAAAUAAAACCCUGGCUUUGCCUUUUUACAAUAGCUAUCUGGAGGGGGGGUUCACUCCCUGUUAACGCUGGAGAUGAAAAAAUGCAAUGCCAUUUCUUAUACUGGGAGCACAGGCUCCAGGUUGCUUUGUAUUUAAUAAUGCAAAUUAUAUAUAUUGUGUGUGUUUUAUGUUUUAAUAAUUAGAAAAAUUAAAAUAAUUGUUUAGAAAAGUACAAA